AUGAUAUCGACCAAUAACGCCGAGAAGAGCACACUGAUGCGACAAGAGAUGCCCGGUAUCCAGACUUCCGGUUCAGAAGCUCCCGUCGCCAAGAAUAACGACAGCCAUAUCACUGUGUCCGACAUUAAGACCAUAGUCCGGGCUCUGAAGCGCAAACGGGUCGAUAGCGCAGCUACAUCAAAGCUGAAAGAAGGGUCCAGCAAGCGCCAGCGUGGCGAGAAGGUUGGCUGCCUCAAAGUCGGCACAUACUCUGCUAUCUUCGAGCAGAAAGACCUUGAUGAGUCUGUGACGUUGAAGUCGCUCGUGAACAGCAACACCGAGCUUGAGCCGGAAGAUGAAGACAUCUGGAAAGUCGAGGAUGCAAAGAUGCCAACACGGGUAACCGAGAAGUUACCAGAAGAGAAGUACAGGAUGACACAGUACUCGGCAUGGUUAGAGGUACUCAAAGAGCACGAUCCAGAGAUGAUGAGAUUGAGAGAGGCCAUGAUCGAAGACACCGAUGCUGGAUCUCCUGGCUUGGCUGCAGACCUCCCAGAGCUGGAGGUGCUAGAACCUUCAUGGCUCUACGACUAUCACUUGGGUGUAGGGACCUCAAGAGAUGCUGCAGGAGUCGACAUUGGAAGAGCCCCGGACGAAGAAGGCACUCAUGUUCCAGAUGCUGAAGAUGAGCAAUCAUACAAAGAAAGCGAAGAUUGA